CGGAUCCGCGCGGGGCGGAGCCUGGGGAGCCCUGCGCCGGAGCUUGUGGCGUCAAUGCGCCCGCGGUGUCCAUGGAGAGAGAUUGAGGCAGCCGAGCUCCGGCCCGAGGCACCCGGGCGCCUGGACGGUGAGGAUGUCGGCUUCGUUAGUCCGGGCCACUGUCCGAGCUGUGAGCAAGAGGAAGCUGCAGCCCACCCGGGCCGCCCUCACCCUGACACCUUCAGCAGUAAACAAGAUAAAACAACUUCUUAAAGAUAAGCCUGAACAUGUAGGUGUGAAAGUUGGUGUCCGAACCAGGGGCUGUAAUGGCCUUUCUUAUACUCUAGAAUAUACGAAAAUAAAAGGAGAUUCUGAUGAAGAAGUUGUUCAAGAUGGAGUCAGAGUGUUCAUCGAAAAGAAAGCACAGCUAACACUUUUAGGAACAGAAAUGGACUAUGUUGAAGACAAAUUAUCCAGUGAGUUUGUGUUCAAUAACCCAAACAUCAAAGGAACCUGUGGCUGUGGAGAAAGCUUUAAUAUUUGACCCCUCAGGACUACUGUGGCUGUAAGCUCCAGAAAGCCUGCGGAAGCCCUGGGCUUACUGAUGAAAUCAUGACUGUCACGUGCUUAAGGUUUAUAAUGCAUGGCUGCCUUACGGGGAAAAUAAAGUGAUGCAUCUUGAAAAUGAAGCCAGUGUGUUAGAUUCCAGAAGAAGUGAUAUUUGUAUUUUUAGGGGACAGAAAAUGAGAGGCCACCACUCUCUUUGGGUCAUUUUCUGAUCUGUGAAGAAAAAAAAAUCCUACCCUGCAUUUAAUUCUCUUGCGUACUUUCUGUUAGAACCAGUUUCAUGGAAGGUGCCUGCCUGGGAGGAUUUCGGGAAACCCAUUUUUAAUAGGUGUGCUGCAGUCCAUAGGUACCUGUUGAAUGGCUUGAAUGUGCCUCUGGUUCUUAAAAUUCAGAGGCAGCAAGUCCUGACGGCUGAUAUUUUUCUUU